GGGCCGACGUCGCUUCCGGUAACAACAUAUGCGGCGGCGGCGGCAGCUGCAGCAGCAGCAACAACAACAACCGUUUAGACGCUCUGGGGUGUGUGUGGAAGAGGUGACGACUCAUGUUUUUGCGUAGGGACCCGGAAGCCCGUUUCCUCCGCCGGCUGCACGAGGCCGCCUGACGGCGGUCCCUCCCCCCCGCUGCUUAUAAGGCUCGCGCACCCGAUUUGAACACGGCUCGUCGCGGCGGCGGUUGGGACUGGAGCUAGCACAGGCUUGCAGAUGGGUCAGGGGCUGUGGAGAGUGGCCAGGAACCAGCAGCUGCAACACCAGGGAUACGCAGGACAAAGCUAUCUAUCCAGAGAGCAUGGUAGAAGGAUAGCUGCUAAUAACGUUUCAAACGCAAACCAUCGGAAACAUGCCCAGGGAGGCAUUGACAUUUACCAUCUGUUGAAAACUCGGAAGUCAAAAGAACAGGAAGGGUUCAUCAACCUGGAAAUGUUGCCUCCUGAACUUAGCUUUACCAUUUUGUCAUACCUGAAUGCUACAGACCUCUGUCUGGCUUCAUGUGUUUGGCAGGAUCUUGCUAAUGAUGAGCUUCUUUGGCAAGGAUUGUGCAAAUCCACUUGGGGUCACUGUUCCAUAUACAAUAAACGUCCGCCUCUGGGAUUUUCAUUUAGAAAAUUGUAUAUGCAGUUGGAUGAAGGCAGCCUCACCUUUAAUGCCAAUCCAGAAGAGGGAGUCAACUACUUCAUGUCCAAUGGAAUACUGGAUGAUUCACCAAAGGAAAUAGCUAAGUUUAUCUUCUGUACAAGAACACUAAAUUGGAAGAAACUCAGAAUCUAUCUUGAUGAAAGGCGAGAUGUUUUAGAUGACCUUGUGACACUACACAACUUCAGAAAUCAGUUCUUGCCAAAUGCACUAAGAGAGUUUUUCAAGCACAUUCAUGCCCCUGAGGAACGUGGUGAAUAUCUUGAGACUCUUAUUACAAAGUUCUCACACAGAUUUUGUGCUUGUAACCCUGAUUUGAUGAGAGAACUUGGCCUUAGCCCAGAUGCUGUCUAUGUACUAUGCUACUCUUUGAUUCUGCUUUCCAUUGAUCUUACUAGUCCUCAUGUGAAAAAUAAAAUGUCAAAGAGAGAAUUUAUCCGAAAUACACGCCGCGCUGCUCAGAACAUUAGUGAAGAUUUCGUUGGGCACCUUUAUGACAAUAUCUACCUUAUAGGCCAUGUGGCUGCCUAAAAAGCACAAUUUGCUAGGACUUAGAAUUUAUAGUUUAAAAGGAAUUGGAUCUCCAAUGAGAUUUGGGUUUUGUUUGUUUUGUUGGUAGAUAUGGGGGUUAUAUUAGUGCUGGUCAUUCUAACCUCCGUCUGCAAUCAAAAAUGUACAAGAACAACAUUUUUUUAGCAAUUUACCAUGAGAACUGAAGAAUUUUGGAUUUUUAAAAAAUUUUGCUUACAGUUUGCACAAAAAUUACCAUUAGUUUGACAUGUUACAAUUUCUGAAUGUUAAACUGACAUGAUUUUAAAUUAACAAGAUGGUGGACUUAUGCAGUAGAUUUGCUUGAACACUUUAACCAGUUCUUUUGGUUUUUUUAAAAUACCAUGUAAUGUGUACAUAUUUAAAGAGAUUUAUAACCAUAAUUAUUUUAUUGUAAAAUAUUUUAACUAAAAAAUUUCCUGUCUCUCUCUAGACUA